UCUCCAGAUCGGGUCAUCGGGUGCCAGGAAGCCCCCGUCAGCUCCAGAGCCUACAUGGCCUACGUGCAAAUUGGGUCAAUGGGAAACUGCGGAGGGUUCCUGAUCCAGGAGGACGUGGUGGUGACGGCGGCUCAUUGUAACUGCAACCUGGGCAAUAUCUUUGUCUACCUGGGAGUCCAAGACUUCAUGAAGCCAGGACAGAACUGGCAACGGAUCCGGGCCCGUCGCUGGAUCCAGCACCCCGACUUCAGCAAUGAGAACUUUGACAAUGACAUCAUGCUGCUGAAGUUGUGGCACAGCGCGGAGCUGACCGAGUGGGUGGGGCUUGUCCCCCUGCCCGUGGCUGAUCAGCACGUCAGCCCAGGCUCCAAGUGCAGCGUGGCCGGGUGGGGUCGGACCGGAGUGAACACCACCACCGACAGGCUGCAGGAGGCGGAGCAGGAGGUGGUGUCAGACGACCUGUGCAGAGAGCGGUACCAGCAUUACAACUCCACCAACAUGCUGUGCGCCGGCAGCCCCCACACCGAGAAAUCAGCCUUCCAGGGUGAUUCCGGCGGGCCGCUUGUGUGCGACGGGGUAGUCCAGGGCAUUGUUUCCAAUGGAGAUCCAGAUGGACGCCCCCCCCCAGCGUAUACACAAGAAUCUCCAAAUUCAUCCCCUGGAUCAACGAAACUCUGCAGAAGCUGAGUUAAAGGAGACGCUCCCCUUUAAAGGACAUAUGUUGCCAUACUGGGCAAUGUGCCUGUGUGGAACCCCGCAGUGCUUUAGAUCAGAGUAUUUUUACCUAGUGUUAGAGAAAUGCUACGAAUGGCUCAGUCCUGAAAUCCUUUUGCGCCUAGAAAUACCUCAUCGAUGUUUGAAAUUUCAUUCUAUGUUUUUUUCACCCCAAGUGCCUAGUCAAUGUUUGGGACCCUACGGAUGUUCCAGUUGGAAGCAGAAAUUGACGAUGGAGUAUGGUAUUUCCUUUGCUGUGAUCUAUUUAUUUACAGGGAAUAUCCAAAGUCCUCUUUCCCUGAACACAGUUGGAAUCAAACAGCAGCAGACAGCAACUCUGUUCGCUGUCCCAAGCCUGCAUCUCCAGCCUGCAUCUCCAUCUCUGUGCCCAAAAAGCUUCUUCUCUUAGCUGUCUCUCAGGGCCCUAUUUCUGUGCUUUCAGGUUGUUUCUGCCUGGCUUUUUACUUUGCAUCUGACUUGCUUCUGUCCCUGUGUCUCUCUGUUUGUGUUGUGUCUGUCCGAUCCGAAUGCCCCAUUACCCCCAGAACAAUAUUUGGUGAAAACCUUUCCUCCUGAGUCAUUAGAAUUCCUCCAUGUGUACAGGGUUUUACUUCAGCCGAGGGGAUUCUAGAACAAAGGUAGAUUUUUUUUCUGUUGAAUUUUAUAGACCCUCUACAAAUGCUGAUCAUUUUUAUACCUAAUCCAUUCUUCAGGAGUUUUGCAUCAUCAAAAUUCCUAGCUGCAGUGUGUCAUUGGCUGGCUUAAAAACUUUCUUUCAUCCAAGCAGAGAGCAGGAAUGGGGCCAUGUGGCUUAGGUGGCCAACCUAUCACCAUGACGCGUGGCUAGUCAAAUUAAACAGGCCAUGACAAUAGAACAUUGAAACGAUUACAUGAAAACCUUUGAAAUUUUGAAUGUUUUGUUUCACACAUUUUGAGCCAGACCUGACUUUUAUUUGUUUUCAGUAUUUCCUUUUCUUUUUUCCUCUCCCCACUCCACAAAUAUUUAAUUAUUUAUUAUAUAUUACAUGAUACUAACUGGAGGUUGGUAAAACCAAAAUCCUGGGAACCUGGAAAGCAUAUAUUGGGACAAAAUGAAGAAUUGUGUAUUUCCAAAUAUUUGGAAAAUAUUGAAAACGGAUGUUUGUUUGAGGGGAAAAAAGCCAUUUUUGAAUAAAAACAGUCUUGUUUGAACAA